AUGGCGAAGCUGCUGGCCACGUUCAAAGCCAUCCUGACGCGGAUCCUGUUCGCCGCCCACGGCUUCAUCGCGAUCUGGCAGGUGACCCAGAACAAGAAGGACCCCGUCUACUGGAGCCUGUGCGCCCCCAUCGGUGUGCUCUGCAUCGAGGGCAUUUUCACGCUGGCGAUCAAGAAGAACCAGGAAUGGCGAUGGUUCUGUCCGUCUGUGUUCUUGUACCUGUCGAGUAUCGUCCCGGCAAUCUGGCUGCUGGAGCUGGACAAACUGGACAAGCGCACGCGCUAUCAGGAUCAGAUGUUGAACGAAACGAUCAACCUUGCCGCCACCGUCGGCAAGGACCUGAAGGACCUGAACAAGAUGCUGGGCGUCAAGAUUCAGCUGCCAGACAUCCAGCUAACGGCGGAGAUGUGGGUGACGUUGAUCGAGCAGUUCCUCAUGCUGGUGCUCAUCAUCGGCCGCUGGAUGCUGCCGAAAGGUGAUCUUACGCGAGAUCAACUCAGCCAACUGCUACUCGUGUACAUUGGUACCGCAGCGGACAUUAUCGAGUUUUUCGACUCGUUCAAAGACGCAAAGAUCGCGAACGAACCGGUGCUGGUGUUGCUGACACUAAGCAUCUGGUCGUGGUCGUUGCUCCAAUUCACGAUCGUCCUGUCGGCAACGAGGGCCCGCAAGCCACGUGGUGGUGGCAGCCAAACAAAGGACGCCAGCGAGGAUGCGAACUGCUGCAACGUGGCGUGCUGCAACAUCGAUGUAUGGGGCAUUGCGCUUAACAUUCUGCUACAGGACGCGCCAUUCCUCACGUUCCGGUUGCUCAUCAUCGUGCAUUACAAGAUCAUCACGUACAUGAACAUCUUCUUCACCUGUAAGAACACGCUCGUGAUUCUGCUGCAGCUUUACCGGCUGUACGUGGUGAAUUCGGAAAAUCGGAAAGCCGCCGCCACGAAGCGACGUCUAAAGGCAAGAGCCAAAGCAGAACAGCAUGCGGCGCGGCACCAAAAACAGCGGAAAAUUAGCAGAAGGAAAGUGGCCGAUAUCGAGGAAGACGAACCGGAGCAGGACACUCGACGUUCGAAGCACGCCCGGAAAACCCGGUCGUCUUCGUCCCGCAAGGACACCGGCUACUCGACGGCCAGCAGCCAGACCACGGCCGAGCAGCGGCGUCUUCGCAGGACGGCAAAGCCGGACGAGGUCGAGCGGGUUCCGGGCGAGGACACCGAUGGCGAGGACGAUGGUGGCGAGCGACCGGGACGUCCUUGCGCGGACCAGAAGGAAAGAAAGUCUUCACGCCACGCGGAUGGUGCCGUUGGGCGAAAGAAGCGCCGCGGCUCAAUUGGAAGCGAUCGAAGCGAGGAACCGGUGGCGGAAGUGGUUCGUUCGAGCGCCGGACACCAGCGUGGGAAACGGCGUGGUGGUGGUGGAGACACCGCCGGUAGCUUCGAGAUCAUCCACGAAAAGUCCUCGACGAAUGGUCGGCGAAAGAAAUCGAAACCACCACCAGCACCAGCCAUCGAAAAGGAUCUGCCCGCGGAGGGUUCGUCCUUGUCAGGCAGCUCGUCCUCGUCGGCAUCUACGAGCGGAUCCGCGUCCGAGUCGGAAUGA